AUGUCAGAAGAGAUACCAGCAGAUAUACCAGCAGAGAUACAAGAAGAGAUACCUGCAGAUAUACCAGCAGAGAUACAAGAAAAGAUACCAGCAGAUAUACCAGCAGAGAUACAAGAAGACAUACAAGAAGAGAUACCAGCAGACAUCCCAACAGUGAUACAAGCAGAGAUACCAGCAGGCAUCCCAACAGUGAUACAAACAGAUAUACCAGCACAUAUACCAGCAGAGAUACAAGAAGAUAUACCAGCAGGCAUCCCAACAGUGAUACAAACAGAGAUACCAGCAGACAUCCCAACAGUGAUACAAACAGAGAUACCAGCAGACAUCCCAACAGUGAUACAAACAGAUAUACCAGCACAUAUACCAGCAGAGAUACAAGAAGAGAUACCAGCAGACAUCCCAGCAGUGAUACAAGAAGAGAUACCAGCAGACAUCCCAACAGUGAUACAAACAGAGAUAUCUGCAGAUAUACCAGCAGAGAUACAAGAAGAGAUACCAGGCCCAACUGAUAAGCAUCAAAUUUACACUGAUACUGAUAAAGGAAAUAGCAAGCUAACAAUAUUGAACUUAUUGAACUACCGCUGCAGUGAUUCUCAAAGUACGAUUAACGGUUCCAAAUCCGGACCCCUGAAGUGCACAAUGAAGCCACACAAUGAAGAAUUAAUUUGUUAUAAUUAUUUGUAA